UAUACCUUGUGGAAGAUCCCUGAGACAACAUGGCUGACGUGUCCCAAUGUUGUUGUUCCACCUCACUCCUCGCGAAUCACACGUGGACUUAUGUACCUAUAACAGAGUUUAGAUAGCAGGACAUGCUAAAGAACUGUUCAACACAGAUAUCGAGGACAGCAGGCAAGAUAGAGAUUUUGGAAAAGCCACCAUCAUCUGCUAUAUGAACAGAAUGAAGAAACUAGCAGCUGUCCAUAUAGCAAGUGUUCUUGCCCUCGUCUUGUCCUCCUUACUUCUACAUGGAGGAAACACUCAAGACGCCGACCAAGGGCUUCAAAACUCCAAGCAGACGUGGGGAGGUCAUACUGGAGCGUUGACCGUAGUUCCAAAUGAAGAGGAAAACGGUGUAGAAUCUGAUGAUGGUGUUGUGAGUGUGGAUGUAGAUGAUUAUGAUGAGGAGGAUUUGGAGGUGUUCUAUCCAACUAAAGAAUGGCAACAAAUCAAGCCAGGACAAGCCAUUCCCGCAGGACUUCAUGUCUCUAUUGACCUCACAACUGGAGAGAAACGGGCCAAACUCAUGGAGGAGGAGGACACAAAGGACGAACAAGACUCUUCUUCCAGGUACAUGAAAUGGACAGACGGGGACCGGCAGGGCAUGGUCAACACCAAGAACAAGUACUUCACAGCCAGCGAGCUGAAGGAAGCUCUCAAGAAAUUCAAGGCCGACCAAGAUGACGUGUCAGAAGCUGGGCAACAAAAGCUGAGGGAGGUUAAAGACCAGUACCGCUCCUACGAUGAACUGAAGGAAAUUUUCCAGCAGAUGCAGGUGGAUGUGGAAACAGAUACAGAGAUCAUGCAGAAACUCUUGCUGGCAUACACAGAGGAGGGCGUGUCUGACGACAUGAGGCUUCACGUGCUCACAGAGCUGGAGUAUCACGUGCACCAGAUUGACAAUGCUCAGAACCUGAUUGAGCUGGGAGGUUUCCAGUUGGUGAUUCUGGCCCUGAAUGACAGUAACAGUGACAUCCGCUCAGAGGCAGCCAGGGUACUGGGAGCAGCCGUACAGAGUAAUCCAAAGGUACAGAUCGAGGCCCUGGAAUCUGGAGCGAUCCCAACUCUAAUCCGAUUGGUUGCCAGUGACUCGUCUGUUGCAGUGAGAAAGAAGUCUCUCUACGCCCUGUCCUCUCUCAUCCGACAUUUCCCACUGGCUCAACUCAGGUUUCUUCAACAGGGUGGUUUGAGUUGUCUGGCCAGGUUGUUUGGAGACCCGGAUGCCACGACUCUCCGCAUCAAAGCAGUGACCCUGCUACAUGACCUGAUGGUGGAACAGAACAAUGCAGAAUACUUGAGCUCAGACAACCCAACAAAUAUGGAGAAGAAAAAUCAAUAUGAAAAGGUUCCUCUGUUACAAAUGCUGGUUGAAGCUGGAUGGUGCCAGCUCAUCCCAACUCUCCUGGACAGCCCAGAUCACGACACUAGAGAGAAGGUCCUCCGUGCCAUGAUCACCCUAUACACCCCCUGUCAGAGUGACUACAAGUCUGCAGAAACAGAGGAGCAUCUGUCCGUGUUAAGGGGAGAAUACCAGGCACUUGUGGUAGAAGAAAAGCAAGAAGAUAGCGGGGAUGGUUACUUUUCACUGCUGCUAAGUCUUGUUGAUGAGAUUUCUACAAAGAUGUCAUCAUAAAUAAUGUGAACCACCACUCAAGAAAGUACAUUGAAUUUUACAUAUUAUAACAGAGCAGCAUCUGUCCGUGUUAAGAAGAGAAUACCAGGCACUUGUGGUAGAAGAAAGGCAAGAAGAUAGCGGAGAUGGUUAUUUUUCACUGCUGCUAAGUCUUGUUGAUGAGAUUUCUACAAAGAUGUCAUGAUAAAUAAUGUGAACCAGCAUUCUAGACAAUACAUUGAAUUUUAUAACAGAGCAACAUCUGUCCGUGUUAAGAGAAGAAUACCAGGCACUUGUGGUAGAAGAAAAGCAGGAAGAUAGCGGAGAUGGUUACUUUUUACUGCUGCUAAGUCUUGUUGAUGAGAUUUCUACAAAGAUGUCAUCACAAAUAAUGUGAACCACCACUCAAGAAAAUACAUUGAAUUUCAUAUAUUAUAACAGAGCAGCAUCUGUCCGUGUUAAGAGAAGAAUACCAGGCACUUGUGGUAGAAGAAAAGCAAGAAGAUAGCGGAGAUGGUUACUUUUCACUGCUGCUAAGUCUUGUUGAUGAGAUUUCUACGAAGAUGUCAUCAUAAAUAAUGUGACACUCAAUAUAGUUUGUUCAAUGUGUUUCCUAUGAACUGUCUAGCAAUUCAUAGUUUUUGGAUGAAAACCUGUUCAAAUAUACAAUUUGUAGAUUCUGUUAGUCACUGAAGAAUGUAGUGGAUGCUGUUUGAAGCCACAGUUUCUAAAAUCUGUCCAGUUUCUUAAACAACAGUUUUCUUGUGUAUCUAUCUGGAUGUCUAACCUGCAUUGGAAUUUGUACCAUGUGUUUUCUUCAAUAUUUACUUCAUUAAUACUGUGCCUGUUACCAGGAUAAUUCUUUUACUUUGCAAAACUUAAUACAUAAAGCCACAGUUUUAAGAAUUUUGCUGCAUGUUCCAAUUGGAAAUGCAGAUACAAGUUGUAUAGAGAAAUAGGCUUCCAUGUGCGUUAGAUUUGGAACAAUACAUUUCGACAUUCUUCCUAUUUGUGUAUUACAAUUUAUCACCAUGGUAGUAAAUACCAAACAGUUAAAAUAUAAUGCCAUCAGUUUGUUACUAAUUUAAACAAUAUACCUGCAUUUAAGCUCCCUUGCAAAGGUCAAUUGGUUUGCUGCUGCUGCUUUUUUUUUAUUUUGCAAUUAAGAUUACAAAAUUGUGUAUAUGUUCAGACUAAAAAUAGAGAAAACGAAAAAACAAAGUUUAUAUGUUUCCCCAAGAGCUAGACUAAGUGUUUAGUCAUUUUAGCUGCCACUGUUGCAAGUGUAGUCGCGGACAGGUCUGCUAUAGGGUUGGUUAGAAUUUAGUCCAAGUAAAAGACAAGCAUUACCGAACUCACCGCUGUUGACGAAAUACAAACGUUGAUUUGAAGUUGAAUACGAACCUUUUAUUCCUAUUAGAGUUAGUAUUACAAAACCGCCGAUUUCUAUAUAUCUAGUGUAUAAAGUCCCGAAAUGUCCAGGCACCCCAAACCAUUGCCAUAGCAGCAGUAGUUUCAUUAAUCCCUGUAAACACCUCACAAUCUAUGUUCCUUUACCUAUGUCGAAUUUUGGGCCUCCGUUGAA